CGGUGGAAUGGAAAACAGUGUAAAGUUAUCCUUCUACUAGGUUACAUUCAGUUUUUUACGUUUACACAGCUCUCACACACCAAACAACCGAACGAAGAGAAGAAGAAGAAAAAAAAACUAUAUUUGUUCAUAAAUUAAGAAAAAUUUAACCGUUUCACAUCAACCGCCCCAGAAAAAAAAUUACACGAACACACACAUACAUAUACAUAGAUAGAAGAGAACGAGAAUGCGAAAGUUACGAGGCCGUAGUAAUUAACGAGUGAUUAACAAAAAUAGUUAAAGUUGUGUAAUUAACAAACGUUAAAGUGCAAUUUAGCCGAAUUCGAAGUGAAGAAAUGACAAGCGGCCAAGCAAAAAAGACCAAUUUUCGAUAUCUGAAAAACGAUCGAACUGAAUGAAAAAAAAAAUAACAAAGACGAAGAAAAACCAAACGGAAAACUGCACUAAAACCGAUACAUUUUGGAUUUGAGCAAGAGAGAGCGAGAAAGUGAAAAAAAACAACAAUCGAAAUGAAGACAAAAGUACUGGCCCAAAUGGAUCGAUGUGUUGUUUUUUCUUUUCUUUUGCAAGAAGAGCUAAGUUUAUCGUUGAGAAAUGUUUUCGUUUUGCAAAAGAAAUCCGAAAAAGUAAUUAACAACUGAAUGAAUGCCAAGUGACAAUUUUAAAUUGGCCUAGAAUUGAGAAAUAGUGUGUGCCGCUAGGGAAAAAAAACACAAGAAAACAUACAAAGUUUAAACAUUUUCUCGCAAAUAGCAACACAACUGAAAGAAGAAAAAAAACGCAUUUAAAUCUCAGUUUUACCAAUUCCACACACAUAUUUUGAAAGCUCCAAUUUAAAUAACAUUUAAACUUACACAAAAUAUUUUCUAUUGAAUAUAAUAAUCUUUCAACAACAACAACAAAAAAUAUAUAGAUUUUUCUCCAACUUGAAUGCCUUAGAAUAUAAGUUUCAACGACAAUAACAAAUUAAAGAGGAAGAGGAUUAUUUUUUAAAGAAAAUAGCUAGUGAAAUUGUGUUGAAAUAAAAAAAAAAUGUGAAUUUGUAACUAAAAAAAGAGGAAAAAUAGAAAACGUGGACAUCGUCCAAUACAUUCUUCGAUUAAAAAGAGAAAACCGAAAUAAAUGUGGAAUAAUUCAAAUUUAAAAAAAUCCUAAGAAGCCGAUGUAUUGUUCUCAAGUGGUAAUUUUGUUCAGUGCAAUAAUCAACCAAAGACGAAACCAACGAGAGAAAGAGAACCAAAUAACAUAACCAUCCGGAAUUUUAUGAGGAGCGAAGAAAAAAGAAAAACAUCGAAGCAAGCGAGAUAGAUAGAAAAGUUGCGAGAAAAAGAAGUUGAACAUUCCUCGUUAAAGUUCAUACAGCAGUACACAAUAAAAUCAUCCAAGUCAUCUCAAUAAAAGUGCGUGCGUGCGCAAGGACAUACAACUCUAUUGCUUGUGACUCAAUUUUCCUCUCUCUGUGUAUGUUUCUCUCCCAGUGUGUGACUCGAUUCGUAUUAAUUUUUUUUUCUGUUUUGUCGUUGAUUUCUCUUUAAAAAAAAAUCUCACUCUGUUCUUUGCUACUGUUGUUGUUAUUGUAUCCGUUGUUGAUAUUUUAUGGGUGAUGCUGCCGCUGCCGCCAUUGCCGCCAUUACUCGUGAACAUCUUCAGAUCAAUAUUUUACAGUUAUUAUUAUGGCGAUUAAUGUAUUUUUCGACUACAAGAAAGUCAUUGAACAUCACAAUCUAAAAAGCAACACAAUCAUCGUAUGCGAUUUCAAUACAGUAACAAACCAAUAAAAAUAGAAAGUUUCGAGCCAACCAUUUUGUACGGUCAACAAGGACAACGACGACGACAACGACAACGAUAGAGGAAGGAUCACAUCAGUUUGAGCCGCCAUUUUUCCUCUUUCUCUCAAGAAAUUUGCCAUCGCGCUACUGUAGCCGCCAUCGAAUAUAGAUGUUGUUGUCAUAUAUGACGAAAAAAACGAAAAUGCUGCUCCAUAUGAAAUUGAUCAAAAUUUUAUGGUUUAUCCGAAUCCGUAUCAUAAGCUACCACCAUUGUUGCAUUAUCGCCGGGCAUUACACUAAAGUGUCUUCAGAUAAGCAUUUGCUUUAAGAAAGAAAAAAAACAAAUUAAACAUUUAACAAAUAAUUAACAGUUAGUAGUCUAAAUUAAACGUUGAUUUUAUCCACACAGAACAACAAAUAAUAAAAAAAAAACAAAAGAAAAGAAGAGAAAAAACACGGAAGUGACAACCAUUUAAAUUAUUUGUCAGUAGCCAAUGACGCAAAGUUUUGAAAAUUAGUGAUGAUGGAUGAGCCUAAAUUGUUAUAGAUAAAUCAAGUGUAGUUAAUUCGAAACAAACAAAAAACACCCUCACAUCUUCACUCUCAAAACUCGAUACAGUCUGACGAAAAAAAAAACAAAAAUUUGGAAUGAAAUACAAUUUUUAACAAUAAAAAUAGUAGCAAUUUGUUGAUUGGCCCGAUUUCUGUUGAAACAAUUUGAAUUAGUGCCUGUUUGUUGAUUUCAUCAUCAAUACACACACACACACACAAUCAAUCGACAUAGAGUGACAAAACUCAAGACAAGAGAUACAGAAAGCGGAACAAUUUUGUACGUUCAACUUUUUAACCAUAUUUGCAAUUAUACACAAACAACCAAAUAGCUAAAACCCAAUACAAGCUCUCUCCAAGCAAACAAUUUAGUUGAAAUGACACUGAUCAGUGUUGCAUUUUUUGUCAAAUGUUCAAUGUUAUCAUUGUUUAUUGUUUGCCUUAUUCGUUCGUUUUGAUGUUAAUCAUUUUUUAAGCGUUAUUUUACUUUUCUCGGUGUAAACCAACAAAAGACAGACAGAGACAGCGAGAGAGCAACAACGAAUUCUUAUAAAUAAUUGAAUUUAUUCGCAAAGGUCAAUCUGAAUUACAUUUUCAUAAAAUAUAUUACACGUAGUAAAAAAAAACGAAAGAGAUAAGAGAGGAAACGAACAGAGGAACAAUAAAAAAACAUUGAUCAAUAUUUAUACCAAUUGAAUUGUGAAUGAAUUCAACUGCAUAAAAUUUCGUGCCGUCCAAAUAAUUAAAGAAAAUUCAAACAAUAAUAAUAAAGACACACACAUUCACAGUUCAAUUUGUCUUGGAUGAAUGAAGAAAUGAUACAACAAAAAGAAACACAUUUAAUGUGAAUACAAUUGAACAAUUAAGUAAUAAUUAACCAAUUUAUAGAUUAAAUUUUUUCCAAUCAAAUCUUAUUUAGCAUUCAAGAUAACUAAAAAGGAAAGAAGAACAUAGAUAACGGAAAAUACGGUCUAAAAGACGAAAACCAAGCAAGUUAAAGCCAGAAAAAAAAGAAUAAAGUAAAGCCAGUGAGUUCAAGAUAAAUAAGAAUAAAAAGCAAAAACUUUCAAAAUACAACCGGAAAAAAACAACUCUUUCACACAUUCUUUUCCAAUCAUUUUACACAAAGAGAAAAUCGAGAUUUUACCAGAGUGAUUUAACACACAACUAAUUUAUAUAUAUAUUAAAAUUUCCUAUUCUCAAAAUUCCAUUUCAAUUACAACAAAACACAAAAAACAAUUUUAAAUGUUUUUUCUACUUGCUCUUUACCGUUUGAGAUAAUUCACUCAUACACCAAUUUCAUCCAUUUUAUCAUCGACAGCAUUCCUCUACAAAAACAACCAAAUAUUGUUAAAAAGAAAAGUGAAUGUUAAAAAGAAAAAUGCGAAUGAAAUUUAUGAAAGCGAUUGACAAACAAGAAAUAAUUCAAGUGGUUAAGCACAGCAAAAAUUGAUCGAAAAUAAAGCAAAAGAAAGGUGAACACUAAGAAGAAGAAAAAGUAAAAGCAAGAAAAAAACGAAUUAAUGAAGUCCGAUUAAGAGUUACAAUUACGCUAAUAUUCUAAAUGAAAAUUUAAAACGAAAAACCAAACAAUAUUAAAUACAAAAAAAAAACAAAUCUCUUUAAUGAAUUGUAAGUUGAACACACAGUUAGCUAGAUAGGAAAGUUAUUUAACAAAUUUUUGUUAUUUAUUCGACACACAUUUGUGGCAUAAAAUACAAUAUUAAGAACAUUGCUGGUCAUUCUGCACUCAAGAGACAGAGACGAAUAACAACCGAAUAAAACACGGCAACAUACGGGAAAAAUCUAUCGAAGAGUAGCAAAAAAUAAUUUAGAAAAACCAAUCGAAUCGAAGACCAACCAUCGGAAAAGCAAUCGAUGUAGACAUUGUUGACGAGUUCGAAGAAGAAACGAACGUUAAUAAGGCUGCAUUCAUUUUACUCAAGCCUUAAACGGAGAACCUGAUUAACAUUUCCUUCUCAUUCAGCCAGUCACACAAACCGAUACACACACACCCUCUUUCUCCAUUCUUUUCAAUAAUCAUCUUGGAUACAUAUAUUUAAAAAAAACCAACAAAAAUCCCUACACAUACACAUGCAUUCAAUACAUAUCACAGUUAAUCUAAAAGGAAAAUUUAUAUAAAAUCAAAUAAUUCUUCUAGGUUUGUAUCCAAGCACACACUCACUCACUCACACCCCCUCCCCAACAAACUGAGCUAACUGAUCCUUAAGCCUAACAAUUAAGUAGAUAGAGAUUCUUAUAAUCGAGAGAGACAGACACACGGACACUAGCGUGGAGAGUUAAAAUAGGGCGACUCCGUUACUUACCCUUGGACCACACAUUUUCUAUGUUUGAACAAUUUAAUCAUUUUUCAAUCUAGCUUUCGAUUUCGAAUACACAAACACGAAUGGAAAAAAUAUGAUUGAUUUUUUUCAUUUUCUCUCUUCAUUUUCUCCAUUGAUAAAACAAACGAUAACAAAAUAAAAAGAGCAAAUACGUGACAAUAAUUGAAAUCAAACAAUCUACAAGAAAUUUUUGAUCACACUCAUCAUCAUUCACUUAGUAUUGUUACAUACAUAUGCGCGUAUCUCUCUAACACUCUCCAUUCUAUCUAUCUCUCUCCUUCUCUAAAUCUCUCUUUUCCUAUCCCUUCUUUCAAUCUCUUUCACACAUACGUUCACAUUAAAACACAACCAAACAAUUUUAUUAAAAAGAAAUCACGACAAUUAACGAGUAAUAUCCCUUUUUAAAUACUCAAAAGCUAAGAACAGACAAACAAAAAAUUAAAACUAUAUACACAAUAACAAUACAGAUAUUUAAUACAAAUGCAAGAGAAAUUUGCAAUCAGAGCAGCAGCAACAACGACGUCGAACAAACAAACUGGGCAGAUCGAUGUAUCGAUAUCAAAAUAUGAUGAAAUGCUGUACAUCCCAAAAUCAAUCGAAAAACUACCAACAGCGACAGAACGCUACGUUCAGUACGUGAAUGAGAUCGGUGGUGAUGUUGCGUGUGAACCGGCCAGCGAUUUCAAUGGAUCCACGCAUGAUCAUCGUAGCCGUAAUCGUCCGUCAAACGAUGGCACUGACGAUGAAUCGGUGGUGCUAAAGUAUACUAAACAUAGUCAAAGAGGUUUUACAAAAGUUUUUAUUACGCUAAUUGUGUUGUGCCUGUGGCCAUGGCUGUGGCCGUUUGGAGAUGGUGGCAGUGGUUCAGUUGGUUUUGUGCAUUGUGACAGUAGUGUGAAUGGAUUUGCAAAUGCAAGUUUCAGCAGUACAACAAUUGAGCCGAUUAAAUGGCUGCUAGCAUCGUCGACAGCGACGCCGACGCCGACGCCGUCAAUGACAAAUCGAACGGAAAAAGCCCAUGACACACAAUCGCAAUCGGCGGCAUUGUUGCUGAUAUCAAACGUGUCAAACACAUAUGACAAACGUAGUGAAAACAAUUUAGAUGCAAAUCAUGCUGUGGUCGAUUCAAGUGGUUCGAUCUCAUCGUAUGAACGUCGAAAACAACAACAACGUAUAUCAAUCAUAAAAACACGUAGUAAAAAGACCAAUCCAAAUGCUAGUUUUAGUUUAGAUUUGUUCCGACAACAAGAACAAGAACCGAAUUCAACCAGCGGACGUGUACAGAACAUGCAAAGCAAUCACACAUUGAAUAGAUUAGAUGUACACGAUACCAACCGAAUACCUGAUGUUAUGAGCGUUAGAGAAUCACUGCACCACCACUACCACCAUCACCAUCAUUCCGUAAUCAAACGAUUUCGAGCAUUUGUGACGAAACGAUAUCAUUUUUCUGCCACACAAACCAAAGACAAUACAAACAUGCGUCGGUUUCACACAUUGAGCCUAGCUACGAGAACACUUAAACCGAUGAGGCCAACUACAAUGCCAAACGACCGUCAACAACCAAUCGAAGAGCCACCGGCAUCGCUCAAACACAUUUUAUAUGUUCUCAGCUCAAUCGAUGAUGAUGAUGAUAAUGAUCAUCAGUCACAAAAAUUGGCCACCCGAGGAAUCCAUAAAAUCACUCGCCGAUAUGCCACAGCAACAACCGAUGAACCAAACCUCAAUACUGACACAAUUCUCACAUCGAUCAAUCGUACGAAUGUAUUGUUACGGGAUUUACAUAAAAAGCAUUUCGAUUUGCACGCAGGCCAAAUUAAUGGAGCCAAUGCAAUGAAAUCACACUCAAUCAGUGUUGCCGCCGCCGCCGCUGCAGCCCAUCCUAGCAAACGUAAGCGAUCGAUCGAUCUGCAGCUGGAACACCAACACCAGCACCAGCAAUCUAGCGCAAAACCAACAACCACACAACCAUUCGACGAUCAUUUUUUUAAUUCUAAAUUAAAAAAUUACUAUUUUCUAUACCAACUAGAUAAUAUUAGCAACUAUAACAAUCACUUCGAUUUAUUAAACAGUCCAAGUAAUGCAACUACUACUCAAAUCCAGAUAAAUAAGCAACGUAUUCAAUUUUCCAACCAUCGUCAAAUUGAUAAUGCACCAGCGCUUAGUCAUGCGGAUGCAACCGAAAGUGACAUUCCAAAGUACAACAAUCCACAAUCGUCAGCCACAUUGAAUUUCACUAAUAAUCACAGCAAUCAUAUUAAGCGCAUUCUUCUAGCUAAAAUUGCAUCGGUAUGCUUGAAUUGUGUCGAAGGCACUAGUAGUUCGAUCACAACUCCGGAUUCACAAGCUGCUGGUGAUGAUAAUGAUAAUGAUGGAAAUGGUGUGGAUGUAAAUGAUCCAUCAUCGGUUAGGAUAUACGUUCUGCCACGAUCAUUGCGCUCCACUGUCACCGCUACCGAAUCAGGUCAUCAAAAGCUGUUUCGUUUUUUUAACGCUUCCAUUUCCGAUCGAACGAAUAAUAAUAAUGAUGACAUUGAAUGGAAUGAGUCGAUGUUGCAACAAAGUCUGAAAAAUUAUCCACGAAUCGCCGGUUUAUUGGGCAAUUUAUCAUUAGCCAAAAUUCCAAAUCAAUUUAAUUCUCGCCAAAAUCCAAAUCUCCAUUCAAAUGAUGAUGAAAUUUUGCAAAAUAUUAUUAUCGAUAGCUCUGAUACAGAAGCUGGCAGCAACAAUGUUAGCCAUGCAAUGGUUGCGGUCAAGACAACGGCAGCAACUACCACCACAGCAGCCAAGCUUUUUAUGCGCCACGACAAUUUCAAUUCCAUUUUCCUUUCCAAAUCAUCACUUAAAACCAACAACAAUCUAACAAAAACCACUAAUGAUGUCGUUAAGAAAGUGACAACGACGAAGACGACGCCAAUUCAAGCCGACACCCAUGCAGCUAAACAUAUUUCAAUUAACAAUUAUAGUCCAAUUUCUACAUUUGAACAUUACAUUAGGAUAAUUAGUAGUCGUAAUAUAAACAAUCGUAAAAAUUAUUACGCAAUACAAACGAAUGGCAAUAAAUCUAAAUCGCUAAACUUCCAACAACAACCAAAACAACAUUCAACACCAGCAAAAUUUCAACGAGUCAAAAAACAAAAACAAUUUAUUCAAUUAUUUGCUACGAAUCAUAGAUUUAUUCUUAACAAUGAUACAAUGAAUGACAAUAAUAAUGAUAUGCAUGGCAUGAACGAUGAAAAUGAUAAUAAUUCAGCCACCAUUAGCACCAGUAUGAUUGCUGAUGGUGGUGCGAUCGAUGGCCACAAUGCUACUGAUGCAAGAAAUAUUGUUAAAAAUUAUAAGCUAAAUUUCACUUUAAAUGAAAACAAUUGUACUAUUAAAGUAUUAAAUUUUGAUCAAGUCAAUGCAAACAAUGUUAAAAACCAAAGUCAGCAACAGCAGCAGCAACAAUCAAAUAAUACGGUUGCUACAGCAGCAAUUGAUAAUGAUGUCGCGAAGGAGAAGAGAAUGCAAUUUGAUUCGAAAAUACCGUUGACGAUUGAAAAGCAAUCGAAUGUUAAUCGCAUAACUGCUGAAUCAAUGAUUCGGAUUAGCAAUCACGGCAAAAGCAAUCGAAAAGUAAAGAAAAAUGUCAAUGGAAGCGCAAAUGAAGCGUCCUUGUCAUCACGAUCGUCGACAAAUGCAUUGAACAGCUAUCUCAUGCGAUUGGAAUCGAUCAAGUAUCAAAUUCUAAUGAAAUUGGGACUCAAGCAAAAACCAAAUAUUACCACCACCCUACCAAAUCAUGUUAUCAUGAAUACACUGUAUCGAGGCGAUGACAAUACUUUGCCACAAUCGAACGAAAAUCCUGGGAGACGUGGACACCAUCGCAAACAACACGGACAAAAGCAGCGACACAAGCAAAAGCAAAUGCAAAAGCAAAAACAUCAAUCAAAGCUCAACAAAAAUGUGAAACACAAAUUAAUGCCCGCAAUUCAACUGAAUGACGAUCCAAAUCAGCAAGUGUAUCAAUUUGAGCGACCUCAUUUCUCCGGCAACGAUAGAAACGACAACCGUAGCCGCAGCAGUAACAGUGACGAAGAAAAAUUCCCAUUCGCUGCGGACAUAUUUGCCGAGGAAACGAACGACAUUGAAUCUGAUGAUUUUUAUGGGCGAACACGCGAGAUAAUCAUUUUUGCAGAAAAAGGUAGUUAUUUCAAUCAUCAACCUUUAAUUGAAUUUGUAUCGACCAAUGGAUUAGAUGAAAGUGAUAACAGCAAUUCAGCUCGAUCUGAUGCCAUUUCACAAUCGGCACAGUUGAAUCACACGUCGGCGGCGUCAUCGUUGUCGUCGUCGUCGCCGUUGCACCAAACAAACAAUAGCAGUGAUAAUAAAUUGAAGCAACGAACCAAAUGCAAGGGCGAUAUUAUUGCAAAUCGGCAAGUGCGCAAGCGUAAACGACGACGAAGACAAGUCGACCAUCAAUCGAUGGAUGCCAAGCAAAUUGCUCAAAGCAAAUCAGUGAUAUUAGGUUCCCAUGAGAUGAGAAUUCGCGAAGAAUUGGUAAAAUCAUCUGCAUCUUCAUCAGCAUCGCAAAGCGCAACCUCAACGAUGGAACAAACACAAUAUCAACAAUCAAAUACCGAUUUCAAUUCAGAUACACGUGUUCGUCGUGCAUUUCUAUGGAUCAAAGUUGAUGAACUGGCACCGAAGAUCAACAAUAAAAAGAAAAAUGUGACCAAACAUCACAAAGCGAAGGGUAAACAUCGCCAUCGAACCAACAAUCAUCGAAACUUUUUCCGACUCUGGGUAUUUCGCAUCGAUGAACCGACUUCGGAACCAAAUCAACAUAUAAAAUUAAGCGCCAGCAAAAGUGUUCAUGUGUCACGACUUGGGUGGCAGAAAUUAGAUGUAACAUCGACCGUACGUCAAUGGUAUGCAAAUGGGGGCAAGAGCCGAUUGCGAUUUCUGGUGGAUUGUUCCGGUUGUGCGGAUCGCAUCAAAAUCCAUUUAUUUGAUGGCAAGCCAACGAAAAAUGCCAAAGCAAGGGCCAAGCCGAAUUUAUUGCGAAAUGAUAAACUAAACGGCAGUUUGGAUCCGGUUCGUCCAUUCCUGGUGAUCUAUACCGAUCCGCAUGUAAUGAAACGUGUGCGCCGUCAUACGCCCGACUGUUCAAUGGCGGCGCGUGGCCAGUGUUGUAAGCAAAAGUUCUAUGUAAGCUUUGCUGAACUGGGCUGGGAGGAUUGGAUAAUUGCACCGCACGGUUACUAUGCCAAUUAUUGUCAGGGUAAUUGCAACGGUAUGCGUACACCCGAUAAUUUUCGCUCGUAUCACAGCCAUGUGAUCGAGGAAUAUCGUAAAAUGAACCGAUUAACCGGUCUACAGCCAUGCUGUACACCACUCAAAUUCUCCAGCAUGUCACUCAUCUAUUACGAGGAAAAUCAAAAGAUUAUCAAACGCGAUCUGCCAAAAAUGGUGGUCGAAGAAUGUGGCUGUCCAUAAUUGCAUCAACCAAGAUUUUUCCUGCCCCUCCCGCUCUUUGGUGCUGCAACAUGAACGAUAAAAGCUCUCUCAACAUUCAACACGGUCGAAAAGGGGAAAGCACAUUUUGACAUUUAAUCGCUUUUUGGCAAUGAACAGAACAAUAUAUACAAGAAGCAGAGAAAUGAAAUGAAGAAAAAAAGAAUAAAAAUAAAACUAAGAACGAAAACAAUACAAAAACAAAAAAAAGAGACAAUAAAGAAAACUAACAACUCCAUUUAAAUUUAAACAAAAACAAAAAAACCAAUUGUAUCUCCUUCUUUUCCAAACAUCCUUUAACAAAACUUAUUUGCUAAUCAUUUUUUUCCCCAUUUGACAUGAACAAUUGUAACAAAUUAGAAAAACGAGGAUAAUAUAAGUUUUUUAAGAAAACUUUCUAUGUAUUAUUAUCAUACCUAAGCAAAUCAA